CUGUUUUUCUAUGUAAUUUUGUUCCAUGCAGAUACCAAUGUAAAAAUCCAGUGGCCUUUGAAAGAAACCCCUACGGAGGUGUCAAGGUCACUGAAGGCCUGCCCGGUAUACCAAAGGCAGAAAGAGAGAAAGAGAAAGAGAAAAAGAGAGGGGGGAGUAAUGCCCUGUUUGACUAUCAUCUGAUUGCACCUCAUUUGUUCCUGUCAUCCUUCAGAGCAGUAAGGACCAGGAACAGCAAACGCUCAACAGCCAGCAAAACCACUCAGUUCAGAACCAAUCGAAAUGUCUUCAUUUUCACCUGCAUUUCCUUUUUAUUUGUUUUUAUCCUCUCCUGCUUUUGUUUUUAUUGCAGAAGAUAGUCGAGUGCUCAGAUCCAGCUUGCUCUGAGUGGGGGGUGUGUGUGUGUGUGUGUGUACUGAACACACACACAAAACACACACAGAGAGAGUCUUUACAGAUGCUUCCUGGGAGCCACAGCUGAAGAUACUCCUCAGCAUGGAGACGUACACCCAAGGAAUCAUCAUCGCAAUAUGUGGAAACUUUCUGAUCAGCAUAUCUUUAAAUAUUCAGAAAUACACACAUGUCCGGCUGUCUCAGCGCGGCUCCAGUAAGCCCUACUAUAAGAGCGUGCUGUGGUGGCUGGGCAUCUCCCUCAUGGGCCUGGGGGAGCUGGGGAACUUUGCAGCCUACGGCUUCGCCCCGGCCUCUCUCAUCGCACCCCUGGGCUGUGUCUCUGUGAUAGCCAGUGCCAUUAUCUCUGUGGUGUUCCUCAAAGAGACGCUCCGUGCCUCCGACCUGCUUGGGGGAGCUCUUGCGAUAGCAGGGACAUACCUCCUGGUGACCUUUGCCCCCCACUUCGCCCCUCAUGUCACUGCAAACAUGGUGGAGAGGAGCCUGAUGAGCUGGGAGUUCCUCACCUACAUUUCUGUGGAGGUGAUCGCGUUCUGCAUCCUGCUGUAUCUCUACAAGUGCAGGAAGAUGAAGCACAUUGUGAUCGUGAUGUUGCUCGUUGCCUUGCUUGCGUCUGUGACAGUCAUCUCGGUCAAAGCUGUAUCAGGCAUGAUCACCGAGUCCGUUCAGGGGAACCAUCUCCAGUUGACGUACCCCAUCUUCUACGUCAUGUUCAUCGUCAUGGUGGCCUCCUGUGCUUUCCAGAUCAAGUUUCUCAAUCAAGCCAUGAAAAUGUUCGAUGCUACAGAAGUCGUCCCCAUCAAUUAUGUUUUCUUCACAGCCAGUGCAAUAGUUGCAGGUAUCUUAUUCUAUCAGGAGUUUUUUGGCUUGUCUCCAGUCAACAUCUGCUUGUUUGUUCUUGGGUGUGUUAUAUCCUUCAUUGGAGUCUUUCUGAUUGCCCGAACGAGGCCUAAAAUCAAAACUGACCGAGUAUUCAUUAGUAUGGGCCAAAUCCCAGGGAAGAGGUGCACUGAGAAAGUCCAGCCAGAGACAAGGAGCAGCUCGUACGGAUCCUUGGCCUCCAAGCUGAUAUGCAACAGAGGAACGCAUACAGACGACUCCUAAGAGUGGGUUACACUGGGGGGGGGCAACAAAGACAGUGUACUGGGGGGGCAACAAGGACAGUGCACUGGGGGGGCGACAAGGACAGUGCACUGGGGGCAUCAUGACAUGGGAGGAGAGAAAAUGGGGUGGAGUGUGUAGACAGAGAUGGAGGGUUUAGUGAAGUGAGUCAGUACUAACCCUAGGAGAGUACGCUGACGAAAAAUAAAAAUGCUGUGUGGUUUUCAACCCUAAGACACUGACUGAAAAAAAGGUUUUAGCCUUUAACACCAUAACUUGAGUCUCAGAACUCCACAUACAAAGAAAAAGGGAAAUAUUCAUGGAAAAAUAAUAUUAUUUUGUUGUCAUGGCAAUAUUUAACUUCUGUACUGAAACGUAUUAAACAACUUCAUAUUAUCCCA